CCCCGCCGGCCUCCGUGUGCCGCAGCCGGGCCGGAGCAUGGCUUGGGGCGAGCUGGGGCUGCUCCGCUGGCUGCGGGAGAGCCGCCAGUCCCGCAAACUCAUCCUGCUCAUCGUCUUCAUCGCCCUGCUGCUGGACAACAUGCUGCUCACCGUGGUCGUGCCAAUAAUUCCCAGUUACCUUUACAGCAUCGAACACGAGAAAAAUGCCACAGACAUCCAGACCACUAAGCCUAACCUACCCUCAGCAACGAUGGACAGUUUUCAGAGCAUCUUCUCCUACUACGACAAUUCCACCAUGGUCACUGCAAACGAAUCUGAGCAGACACAGCCCGGAGAGCUGCAUCAGACCCAGACAGAACAAAUGGUUGUCAGUGUGACUCCCUCCCCCUCUGACUGCCCCAAGGAUGACAAGGAGCUGCUGAAUGAAAACGUCCGAGUCGGUCUCUUGUUUGCUUCAAAAGCCACAGUGCAGCUGAUGACCAACCCCUUCAUAGGGCCCCUGACAAACAGAAUAGGCUACCAGAUUCCACUCUUUGCUGGCUUCUGCAUCAUGUUUGUUUCAACGAUCAUGUUUGCCUUCUCUGGAAGUUAUGCAUUACUAUUUAUUGCCAGGUCCCUUCAAGGAGUGGGUUCCUCGUGUUCUUCUGUGGCAGGGAUGGGUUUGCUUGCCACUGUUUAUAUGGAUGACGAAGAGAGAGGCAACGCAAUGGGAAUUGCACUUGGAGGCCUGGCCAUGGGAGUAUUAGUGGGGCCUCCUUUUGGGAGUGUCAUGUAUGAGUUUGUGGGGAAGAGUUCUCCUUUCCUGGUGCUGGCAGCCCUGGCUCUGUUCGAUGGAGCUGUUCAGUUACUUGUUCUGCAGCCCUCCAGAACACAGGCAGAAAGUCAGAAGGGGACACCUUUACUGACACUUUUGAAGGACCCAUAUAUCAUUAUUGCAGCAGGAUCAAUCUGCUUUGCAAACAUGGCUAUCGCUAUGCUUGAACCAGCUCUACCCAUCUGGAUGAUGGAGACCAUGUGCUCAAAAAAAUGGCAGCUUGGCGUUGCUUUUCUUCCAGCUAGCAUCUCUUAUCUCAUUGGGACGAAUCUUUUUGGGAUACUUGCACACAAAAUUGGAAGGUGGCUUUGUGCUUUGCUCGGGAUGCUAAUCGUGGGAAUAAGUAUUUUGUGUGUACCGUUCGCUAAAAACAUUUAUGGGCUCAUAGCACCAACUUUUGGAGUUGGAUUUGCCAUCGGGAUGGUGGACUCCUCCAUGAUGCCCAUCAUGGGCUACCUGGUGGAUCUGCGCCACGUGUCAGUCUACGGCAGUGUGUACGCAAUAGCUGACGUUGCCUUUUGCAUGGGUUUUGCCAUAGGUCCCUCUGCUGGUGGUGCCAUUGCCAAGGCCAUUGGAUUCCCGUGGCUCAUGACAAUUAUAGGAAUUGUGGAUAUCCUCUUUGCUCCCCUGUGUUUUUUCCUUCGAAGUCCACCUGCCAAAGAGGAGAAAAUGGCAAUCCUCAUGGAUCACAACUGUCCCGUGAAAACAAAAAUGUACACCCAGAACAACAUCCAGUCCUACCCCAUAGGUGAAGAAGAGGAGGAAUAUGAAAGUGAUGAAUAGCCAUAUCACGUAUUUAGGUGUACAAAAAUGCUGUGGUUCAUGUGAAACAUCUCAUCCAGAAAUAGGUUUUAGUUGUACUGUAUAUUUAAUAGUGAAACGGUCAGAAAAACCAAAGGUAUAUUAUUUAUUGCCCGUGACUAUAAAGCAGACUGCAAACCGCCUUAUGGGGAGGGGAAAGAGCUUUUAUAGACCAUUUGUAUAGUGUUAGCAUUAGUGUAUUUAAUUUUAUUGAAUAUUAUACUCUAUUUUUUAUUAAAUGUGUGGUAUAAAUCUGUAUAAAAUGUGAAUUUUAACUAUUUGGUUUUUAAACUCAGCUCCUUGACAGUAUUUCAUAUUUCAUUUGGAGUUGUAGGUUACUGUCAAACUUGAGUCUCUUAUAUCAUUGGCAAUUUAAAAAAACAACCCUCGAAGAGAACCUAUCCAAUUUGCACCCUUUUAAGUGACACCCUUGUAGGUGCAUUGAGAAGAGCUGGAGUGAGGACAGCUCUAUCACUUUUUUCAUCAACUUCAGGUCCUAAUAAUAUAUUAAAAAAACUAAAUUAAGAGGCACAGCUUCUCUGCCAGUUUAAAUAGUGAGUUCUCCCUGAACUACCACUGUUGAGGGAAAUGUUGUUAAACAGUUGAGUGUAUUGCUAUUAUUGGUAUUUAACAAAGUUUUAAUCAAGCAUUUGUGCAAUAUGAAGCCCCCCAAACACACACACAUCAGGUAAACAAGUCAUAUGAACAUGCACUGUUCCUUUCCCUCAGCAGGGAAUGUCACAGCAUUAGGAUACCUUUUAUCUUUCUAUCUUUUGGAUCUCUUAACAUAUUUCAAUUUUAUUUUGGUUGCACCUUCAGUGACUGCAGUAUUACAGUGUUUAGUCUUAGCAUGUACUGAAAGUGAGCUGCUAACUGGAGCAGUUCCAACGACUCUUUUACAUGCAUUUACAGAUACAUCUAAAAAUUCAAUGUAUUUUUUUUUUUUUUUUAAUGAGUUCAAAUAUACUCUUUGCUUUAAAAAAGGGAAGAAACAACCAGUUUGUUGCAAAUCUCUCUUAACAUUUGAGGACACAGCCCAAUACAGGUGAACUAUUGUAUUAAGCAGUCUCUGUCUUAUAAACAUUUUAAAAACAGUCCCCAUGUCCUUCUCAACCAUGGUGUAUCAUUUCAUUUGUAAAACGAAAAUCUUUAUGUGCCUUCUCUCAUGUAAUUGCAGAUGUUUUAUGUACUACAGCAUAGAUACUAUGUUUACAUAUAGUUUUGUAAAGCGUAUAUACUAUGGUCAAAAACUAUGAAAAAUAUAGUGGGUCAAACUUCAAGUAUUGCUCUGUCAAUAAUUAUGCACUCAGAACGCAUCAAAAUAAAGUUGUCUGACAGAAGUUGAUGAUCUAUUGUAAUAAAGUGAAAAAACAAUUAAAAAAUAAUUAAAGAAGAAUGAAUUCCCUCAUGCUUUGCCUUAUGCAGUGUGCUGCAGCAGUGUGGGGAAAGCUGUCAGGUGUCUCAGCUGGCAGGAAUGCACUUCUCAGAGCUCCUUCAGAAACCAGGAUUCUGCUGGAUGAGGAAUUCUUCGCUGUCCCCAAGUAAUAAUUGUGCAGAUCAGUGACUGUUUACAUUAGGCUCAGCUUUCACUGCGAUUUGCACACUUGAAACUUUGUCCCAAGAGAUGUUAUUCUACUUAACUUCACUGAAGUCUUUUGGUCAACAUCAAGUUGUUAAUCUGAUCAAAUCUGAGACUGAAAUACCAAUGCAAGAAUUCUAAAUUAUUACAGGACGUGCUCAUUUUUUUUUUUGCCAGCUGAUCAACCAGUGUGUUUCUUGAAUUCACAAGUAUAUAAUUCAAACAUAGCAACUCACAUUUUUUUAAAAGCACAGAAAGGCUU